CACCGUAGUACAUACACCACACCCACGUGGUUAAUCAAAACAUCAUGGCGGCUGGUUUCAAGACUGCCGAGCCCCUGGAAUACCACAGGAGCUUUCUGAAAGAAAACUGUCGCCCCGAUGGACGGGAACUGACUGAAUUCAGAGCCACUACCCUGAACAUCGGCUCCAUAUCAACAGCAGAUGGCUCAGCUCUGGUGAAGAUUGGAAAUACCACAAUCAUCUGUGGAAUCAAAGCGGAGCUGGCAAACCCAACAGUAGAGGCACCUGGGAAAGGCUACAUCGUGCCCAACGUGGACCUCCCACCUCUGUGUUCCUCUCGGUUUCGGCCUGGCCCUCCAGCCGAACAGGCCCAGGCUGCCAGCCAGUUCAUUGCCGAUGUAAUCGAAAGCUCUGAAGUGAUAAAAACAGAAGACUUGUGCAUCGAGAGAGCAAAGCUCUGCUGGGUGCUCUACUGUGACAUAAUGUGUCUCGACUACGACGGGAACAUCCUGGAUGCUUGUGUCAUUGCCCUGCUGGCUGCUCUUAAAAACACACGACUCCCAAAAGUCACCAUUAACAAAGAGACGUGUGCGCCGGAGGUGAAUCUGGAGAACAGACACGGACUGCACAUUCAUAAACAUCCAGUCGGGGCCUCAUUUUGCGUCUUUGAUGACUCCAUACUGAUCGUAGACCCCACGGCUGACGAGGAGAGUUUAUCGACUGCACAGCUCACUGUGGUGACGGACGAGGAAGGUCAACUCUGCGCUGUUCACAAACCAGGUGGUACGUCACUGUCAGCAGAGAAGCUGCAGGAGUGCAUAACCCGAGCAACCGCACGACAAAGAGAGAUCCAAAAACUCGUCGACAAAGUCAUACAUAGUGUGAAGACAGCGCAAUAACAAGACUCAGACAACACUUUUUUUUUUUAUCUAAAAGCUGUAUUUUCCACUGUCAAUAUAUAUUCUUUUUUUUUUUAAUAACAAUAAAACUGCUGACAAAGA